ACGCCUACCAUCAGCACACAGGCUCAUCAGUGAUGCUGCUCUUGAAGCUGCUCCCUGUGGUUCUGUUUCUCUUCGUUACUUAUUCUACUGCCACAUAUCCUGUCUUUACAGCCUCCUUUGAGGCAAUUCUAGCACAAUGUGAUGGACGUAACAACAAAUACAAUAUAUAUGUGGGAUACAAGACACCACAAGAUACUAAUCUCACUCAGUGGUACUUAGCCUAUAGAAGAGAGUCAAAUUUUUGUAGCCCGGCAAUCAUCAGCUUGCAACUUCCAAUUAAUAGUUCAGUUCAGUACAUUAUCAGGCUCAAUGAUACACCAGACCCCAAGGCUGAUACAUCAUGCUCUAUUGAGACGAGUAAUUGUUUUGAACUCCAAUAUAAAGGCAAAACUAAAAAUGAAAGCAUUUGUCCUGACACUGCCAACACUUAUGCUACAAGAAUUAUCAGAGUCAGUUCACUUUCUGAUGAUGAGACAAACCCAGAUUGUACAAUGAUUGAUAAUGAACUCUGCUCAAGAAUGUAUGAUAUUGAGGGGACCGAUGUAAGUGUGUCAUUAAAUGAGGCACCAACGACUGGGUCAAAUAAUGAUAACAAAGUACAAAUUGGUUUUGAUAUUCAAAUGGAUAAUUGUACUCGACCCCUUCCUAUUAAUUCUGCUCCUAAUCCUGUCCUCCUCUCUAUGAUUACUGAUCAAAAUGAAACAAUUCAUUUAGCUUAUUAUGCACCAGUUGCUAACAACAAUUGGACAAAUUUCAACAGUACGAAUUCAUCACUCAAUGGAAUACCUGUUUAUUCUUCUGAUUCUCCCAGAGUGCAUGUAUUUAAUUUUCGUGUUACUAACAGUAAUCAAGUUAAAGGAAUUUUGUUGAUAUGGACACAAUACAAUUACACAACUAAUACUGACACUUGGAGCUUUAGACAGACAGUAACCCUGAAGUAUAAGAAUAUUGAAAGGCAAAACAAUUCUUACUAUAAUAUUAAUGGCAAUGGUGAUACUAGCAGUGGUAGGACUGUAAUAAAUGGUGGGGAUGGCUCUUCUCCUCGUUGGAUCAGUGUAUGUUUUACAAGAUCCAAUGGCAUUUGUCCAAGUUUCUCUCUUCCAAUUAAUCCAGCUUCAUCAUAUCCUCAACCAAGCUCUACUGAUGCUCCUGAUGAUGCUCUAACUAGCAGCUCUAUAAGUGAAAUGACUACUUUGUUUACUGAUGUAACAAGUUCAACGAGUUUGAUGAGUUCAUUUGGUUCCUCUCCUGUUGGUAUUGCUAGCUCUUUUCUUAAUGUCAGUUCUUCUUCUGGUAUUGUCAGCGAUACUUUUAGUUCCUCUCCUGAUAUUUCCAGUUCUUUUGAUAUUUUCAGUUCUUCAUCAUUUAAUUUUUUUAGCUCAUCUGCCAUUUUCAGUUCUUCCCCUGACAUUGUCAUUACCAGUUCAUUUCCUAGUAUCACAAGUGAUAUACCUGAUAUUAUCAGCACUUCUAAUAUUUUGAGUUCUUCAUCAUUUGAUAUUUUUAGCUCUUCUGCUAUUUUCAGUUCUUCCCCUGACAUUGUCAUUACCAGUUCAUUUCCUAGUAUCACAAGUGAUAUACCUGAUAUUAUCAGCACUUCUAAUAUUUUGAGUUCUUCAUCAUUUGAUAUUUUUAGCUCUUCUGCUAUUUUCAGUUCUUCCCCUGAUAUUGCAAUUACUAGUUCUUUUCCUAGUAUCACAAGUGAUAUACCUGAUAUUAUCAGCACUUCUAAUAUUUUCAGUUCUUCAUCAUUUGAUAUUUUUUAUUUUUUUAGCUCUUCUGAUAUUUUUGAUUCUUCGUCAGUUGAUAUUUUUGAUUUUGACUCUUCUUCUCUCGAUAUUUUUAGCUCUACUCCUGAUAUUCUCUUACCUUUCACUGGCUCAUUCAUGGUAACACAUCGUUCACCAAAGCGGUCCACAAUGUUCCAAACCCAUUCACCUGAUGAAACAACAUCUAACCCUCCUAUUCCUGCCGAGACCACUAUUCCUGAUAUAACUAGGUCUUUCAUUAUUCCUCUCUCUAAUACCAACUCUCCUCUCACUACCACUGGAUCCCAUUUUACCAUUACUAGUUCUUCUGUGCCUGCAAGUUCCAGCCUCUCUUCUAGUUCUCCUUUUCCUACCAGAUCUCUUCAUAUUAGUUCUUCUCUACUCACUAGUUCUCCCCUACCUGCAAGUUCCAGUCUUUCUCCUUUUCCUAUCAGUUCUUCUCCUUCUAUCAGUUCUUCCGCUCUCCCUAUCACUUCUUCUCUUCCUAUCAGUUCUUCUGUGAUCAGUUUCCCUUUCUCUACUAUGUUUUCUCUUCCAACUGUUACUCUAUUACCUAGCUAUGACAUUAAAAGGACUUCUCUUAGUGGUUUUAGUUCUUCAUCCAGUACCAUAUCUAUUGACAGUCAGCUCAGUCUGUCUUCACUAUUACCUUUUAGUACACAAGUCAGCAUAAGCUCUCCUGUAUCUAGUCCAUACAUGUCUUCACUCUUGCUUUCAUCACUAUCUCCUAUUUCAACCAGUACUUUUAGUGUGCCUACUCUUAGUACUGGUUCUUCUGAUCCUUUAAGCACUUCUAUUGUGCAUAUUUCUACUACUGAUGCUUCUGAACUUUUUAUUCUAACCAGUACUCCUGUUACUGACCCUCCUGAUCCAUCUAUUCUAACCAGUGCUCCUAUUACUUCAACCGGUACUUCUACUUCAAUCAGUACUUUCACUUCAACUAGUACUUCUACUUCAACUAGUACUUCGACUCCAAUCAGUACUUUUACUUCAACUGCCACUUUUACUUCAAUCAGUACUUCUACUUCAACUAGUUAUUCCACUUCAACUAGUACUUCCACUUCAGCUAGUACUUCUACUCCAAUCAGUACUUUUACUUCAACUGCUACUUUUACUUCAAUAGCUACUUCUAUUCCAAUCAGUAGUUCUACUAGUUCUCCUAAGCCGUCAUGUACACCUAUUGAUGUAUGGCCUGAGACACAGGCUGGAGAGAUUGCUAGAGGAACAUGUAAAAAAGGAAUAUUUAAUGCUACAAGACGUUGCAGAGAUGAUGGUACAUGGAGUAUGAUGAUCAAUUGUAGUUCUUCUGAAUCCUUUGAUAGAAUAUCUAAUGAAGCUAUAAAUAAUUCUGCACGUGCUCUUAACUCAUUAAAUGGUACAUUGACUAAUAUUAGUGUUAAUGAAGCAGCUGUUCUUCUGAAUUUGAUAUCAACCUUUUUACAAAACUUUACAAAAGCCCAGGCAGGGACAGCUUUAGGUAUUGUUGGUGGAAUAUUUGAUGCAAUUAGAACUGAUGGGCAACAGUGUCCUCUUCUUUAG